UGAGACAUAAAACAUAUCAAGCAAUUAACGAUAUGAUAAAGAUUAUUUGUUUCUACAUCGAUUAAAGUCCGACAUUUUGCCUUCAUAUCCUUGUGGGUUUCACGUUGUCUGAGCAUAGUGAGAGAAUUUCUAAGGAACUUUACUGAAAUCCUUUUGAAAUUGUUCAAGACUUUUGUUGAAUUUUUGUGAUAACCUGAUCUGUAGUUUCUCUUGUUUUUAUUUGUCGCUUCAUAAUAAAUCCAAUCCCAUCACUUUACAUCACUUAUAUCUUUAUGUAGUUCAAUAAUAUAAUCUUUAAAUUUUAGUUAAAAACAGAGAAAAUACGGAUAAUAAGUGUUUAGUAGUGUUAAAAUAGAAUAUAAAACAAAAAUGACUGAAGACUCAGUGCAAGUAGCAGAACCUUCUACAGUUAAAGUUCAAGUUAACCAUGUGGAGCCAGCAGUCCAUGCUCACGGGCAUGGGGAAGUGGAGGUUCGAGUCAAUGGGGAAGUCCAAGUGAGCAAGCAUGAGGAAUCCCCGGCUCAAGCACUUGGAAAUGGGGACGCAAAUGUUCUAGUCAAUGGACAUGGUGAGACUUCUCUACAUGUUCCUGGGAAUAGAGGAUCAUUGCUUCACCCAGCGACGAAAAAAGCGCUCCUGCGGCCGGAGUCGGUGCAAGGCGUGAUGGAGCACGCGCUGCAGCACCGCGACCGCGUCGGCGUGCAGGACUUCGUGCUGCUCGAGGACUACCGCUCCGAGGCCGCCUUCAUAGACAACCUUAGGAAGCGCUUCCACGAGAACAUCAUCUAUACAUAUAUUGGCAACGUGCUGAUCUCCGUGAACCCCUACAAGAAUCUGCCCAUCUACACAGAGGAAAAGACCAAGCUCUAUUACAAGAAAGCCUUUUUCGAAGCUCCACCUCAUGUGUUCGCAAUCGCAGAUAACGCAUACAGAUCGCUGGUCUAUGAACAUAGAGAACAAUGUAUUCUAAUCUCAGGUGAAUCUGGUUCAGGCAAAACUGAAGCCUCCAAAAAAGUUCUGGAAUACAUCGCCGCCCGAACAAAACACCUAAGCACUGUGGAAACUGUCAAAGACAAACUACUCCAAAGCAAUCCUUUACUCGAAGCCUUCGGUAAUGCGAAAACACACAGAAAUGACAACUCCAGUAGAUUUGGCAAAUAUAUGGACAUACAGUUCAACUAUGAAGGAGCGCCAGAAGGAGGUCACAUCCUCAACUAUUUGCUCGAGAAAUCGAGGGUUAUAAGCCAGAUGGCAGGAGAGCGGAACUUCCAUAUCUUUUAUCAGCUGAUAGCGGGUGGUGAUGAGGAGCUGAUGAAGCAUUUGAGGCUACAGAACAGACCUGAAGUGUAUAAAUAUACAACUGAUCUGGUGACACCAGCAAGCCAAAAACUGAAUGACGCAGAGCAGUUCCGUACAGUCACAGGAGCAAUGAAAGUGAUCGAGAUAGGAAAUGACGAACAGAAGGAAAUCUUCGAGAUCGUGGCAAGCGUACUGCAUCUGGGCAAUGUGAAGUUCGUACAGAAUGACAAGGGGUAUGCGGAAAUACUAUCGCACGAUACGAAUAGUUCAAAUGUUGCUGAGCUCCUCAAAGUAAGCUCAAGUAAACUCCGAGAAGCGCUCACAAGCCGCACAAUCGAAGCACGAGGAGACGUCGUGACUACCCCUCUAGACCUUGAACAGGCGCAAUAUGCACGGGAUGCCCUCGCGAAGGCUAUUUAUGACAAGCACUUCAGUUGGCUGGUAUCCAGGCUGAAUGCCUCCUUGGCGCCUAAACAUAAAGACCCGAGAGACUCCGUUAUUGGCAUCCUGGAUAUCUAUGGAUUCGAAAUAUUCCCAAAGAACAGUUUUGAACAAUUCUGCAUCAACUUCUGUAAUGAAAAGCUGCAACAGCUCUUCAUCCAGCUGACCCUAAAGUCUGAACAAGAAGAAUAUCUGCGUGAAGGCAUCGAGUGGGUACCCGUGGAGUAUUUCAACAACAUCAUCAUCUGUGACCUUAUAGAGGAGAGACAUAGAGGUAUAAUUUCAAUCUUGGAUGACGAAUGCCUUCGUCCUGGAGACGCUACGGAUCUCAGUUUCCUCGAGAAGUUGUCCCAACGUUUGGACGGACACGCGCACUUCAAGUCCCACCAGAAAGUCGACAGCAAAACUCAGAAAAUUAUGGGAAGGGAUGAAUUCUGCCUCGUUCACUACGCCGGCGAAGUGACAUACAAUGUGAACACCUUCAUAGAGAAGAACAAUGACUUGCUAUUCCGUGACCUGCAGAGCCUAAUGGCGUCAAGCGGGAACAAAAUUGCUGGAACUUGCUUUAAGGAUCUAAACCUAGCAUCGAAAAAGCGGCCAGAAACAGCCAUAACACAAUUCAAGAACUCACUAAAUGAGCUUAUUAAGAUCCUCAGCAGCAAAGAACCAUCUUACAUCCGCUGCAUUAAACCUAAUGACUUCAAGGCACCUAUGUCUUUCGACGACAAAUUGGUGUCGCAUCAAGUGAAGUACCUUGGCUUGAUGGAAAAUCUAAGAGUCCGACGCGCUGGCUUCGCCUACCGACGUACCUACGAAGCUUUCCUGGAGAGGUACAAGUGCUUAAGCCCAAACACAUGGCCCAACUUUAGGGGACCCCCAAGAGAAGGAGUCCAAUGCCUAGUCGAAACGCUCAAGUACGAAAAGGAGGAAUAUAGGAUGGGCAACACAAAAAUAUUCAUCCGCUUCCCCAAAACCCUUUUCGACACUGAAGAUGCUUACCAGCUCAAGAAAAACGACCUCGCAACCAUCAUCCAGAGUCGCUGGAGAGGAUACUGGCAGAGAAAACAGUAUCUGAGGAUGCGGGCCGCAGCUAUCAUCAUCCAAAAGUGGAUCAGGAGAUUCCUGGCACAAAGGCUGAGAGCAAGGAGGAAGAAGGCUGCUGACGUCAUAAGAGCUUUCAUCAAAGGUUUCAUCACUCGCAAUGGUCCAGAAACACCAGAAAACCGUCGUUUCCUGGGCAUUGCAAAGGUCCACUGGCUCAAGCGGCUGUCCACCAGGCUUCCCACAAAACUCCUGGACAUGUCCUGGCCACCCUGUCCCGCUACCUGCCAGGAAGCGUCCAGGGAAUUGCACAGGCUUCAUAGGCUGCAUCUAGCGAGGAAGUACCGACUAGCCCUCACUCCUGCUAAUAAGAAACAGUUUGAGCUGAAAGUCUUGGCUGAGAAAAUCUUUAAAGGCAAGAAGAAUAGCUACCCGAGCAGUAUUCGCGAGCGCUUCGUAAACGACCGACUUUCGGAGGAUCAUCGCGUUUUGAGGAACACCUUCAUGGCCUCGCCUUCGUGGCCCACGGGAGAAGAACUGAUUUACUCAUGCGAAGCUGUAAAGUACGACCGUCGUGGAUACAAACCUCGCGAGCGAGCGCUCCUAGCAUCGGACAAGGCACUCUACGUCCUUGAUGCAGCCAAGAGCAAAACGUACAAGCUCAAACAUCGCCUACCUCUCGACGUACUUCGAGUCGUUGUCACCAAUGAGACUGACGGGCUCGUGCUCAUCAAAAUACCACAGGAGCUGAAGAAAGACAAGGGUGACCUGAUAAUUUCAGUGUCGCACGUCAUCGAAGCUCUCACCAUCGUGACGGACUACACCAAAAAGCCUGAGAUAAUUGAGAUUGUCGACACUGGAAGCAUCGUGCAUAACCUCGUGAAUGGCAAGCAGGGCGGCACCAUCGAGGUGACCAACGGGCCGCAGCCCGCCAUCCAUCGCGCUAAGAGCGGGAACCUACUUGUUGUGGCAACCCCGUGAAGAUUAUUUUGAAAAAAAUCGCUUUAGCUAUUUACUGAUAUUCGCCAUAAUUCAGUCAAUUAAAU